GGAAGCAGGGCGAGGGGUGGCUGAGUGGGCACGUGCGGGUUUUUCUUUUCUCCUUUCCCUUUCCCGAAUAAAUGCGGGUGCCCGGAGAUAACUAGGGGGUGCUAAACAGUAACUAUUUUUGGUGAGAACAUUUGGGGAAUGAAAAAUGACAUCAAUUAUCAAGCUAACAACCCUCUCAGGGGUUCAGGAAGAAUCUGCUCUCUGCUACUUACUUCAGGUAGAUGAGUUUCGCUUUUUGUUGGAUUGUGGCUGGGAUGAAAAUUUUUCUAUGGACAUCAUUGAUUCUCUGAGGAAAUAUGUUCACCAGGUUGAUGCAGUACUUCUUUCACAUCCUGAUCCUCUGCACUUGGGUGCUCUCCCAUAUGCAGUAGGAAAGAUGGGGUUGAACUGUGCUAUUUAUGCAACUAUUCCUGUAUACAAAAUGGGUCAGAUGUUCAUGUAUGAUCUCUAUCAGUCACGCCAUAAUACUGAAGACUUCACCUUGUUUACUUUGGAUGAUGUGGAUGCAGCUUUUGAUAAAAUACAACAACUAAAAUUUUCUCAGAUUGUCAAUUUGAAAGGUAAAGGGCAUGGUUUGUCUAUCACUCCAUUACCAGCAGGCCACAUGAUAGGAGGUACGAUAUGGAAAAUAGUUAAAGAUGGAGAAGAGGAAAUUGUUUAUGCAGUUGAUUUCAACCACAAGAGGGAGAUUCAUUUAAAUGGAUGUUCCUUGGAAAUGUUAAGUAGACCUUCUUUGCUCAUCACUGAUUCGUUCAAUGCUACUUACGUACAGCCAAGGCGGAAACAAAGAGAUGAGCAACUGCUAACAAAUAUUUUGGAAACAUUGAGGGGUGAUGGAAAUGUCCUAAUAGCUGUGGACACUGCAGGGAGAGUUUUGGAACUUGCCCAGCUGCUUGAUCAGAUAUGGAGGACAAAAGAUGCUGGUUUAGGAGUUUAUUCCUUGGCACUUUUAAACAAUGUCAGCUACAACGUUGUGGAGUUCUCAAAAUCUCAGGUGGAAUGGAUGAGUGACAAGCUAAUGAGGUGCUUUGAAGAUAAGAGAAACAAUCCUUUCCAGUUUCGUCAUCUGUCUCUUUGUCAUGGACUUGCAGAUUUGGCUCGUGUUCCUAGUCCCAAAGUUGUUCUUGCUAGCCAGCCAGAUCUGGACUGCGGAUUUUCAAGAGAUCUCUUCAUACAAUGGUGUCAGGAUCCCAAAAACUCUAUUAUUUUGACAUACAGAACAACUCCUGGAACACUAGCACGGUUUUUAAUAGAUAAUGCUUCUGAAAAAGUUAUAGACAUAGAGCUCAGGAAACGUGUAAAACUUGAAGGAAAAGAACUUGAAGAAUACCUGGAAAAAGAAAAAAUUAAAAAAGAGGCAGCAAAAAAGUUAGAGCAAUCAAAAGAAGCAGAUAUAGAUUCCAGUGAUGAGAGUGAUGCUGAAGAGGAUAUUGAUCAACCAUCUGUUCAUAAGACCAAACAUGAUCUCAUGAUGAAAGGUGAAGGAAAUCGUAAAGGAAGCUUUUUCAAACAAGCCAAAAAAUCUUAUCCUAUGUUUCCUGCUCCAGAAGAGAGAAUUAAAUGGGACGAAUAUGGAGAGAUUAUCAAACCUGAGGAUUUCCUCGUUCCAGAACUUCAGGCAACAGAAGAAGAAAAAAACAAAUUAGAAUCUGGCCUUACAAAUGGAGACGAGCCUAUGGAUCAAGAUUUAUCAGAUGUUCCUACUAAAUGCAUUUCAGCAAUGGAAUCAAUGGAAAUAAA